GGCAUAUCAAAUGGAACUCUCUACAAAAAAACGUUUAUUGAGCACUUUGAACAGGCACCAAUGUAUGUUGCUGUUCUUACUUUCCUGGGUUUUGGAGUGGGAACAGUAUUUGGCUACCUGCGAGAUUUUAUGAGAGCCUGGGGACUAGAAAAACGUAACAUUGCUGCAGAGAGAAAACAACAAAAAGAUUUUGUGCCACUUUAUCAAGAUUUUGAGAACUUUUACACCAGAAACCUCUAUAUGAGAAUACGGGAUAACUGGAAUCGUCCAAUUUGCAGUGUCCCAGGGCCACAGUUUGACCUCAUGGAACGCGUCACAGAUGAUUACAACUGGACGUUUAGGUUUACAGGAAGGACUAUCAAGAAUGUAAUCAAUAUGGGUUCUUAUAACUACCUCGGCUUUGCAGAAACGGAUGUUAAUGCUUUGAAAACUGUGACCAUAGAGUUACAAAAAUAUGGGACAGGAAUCUGCAGUACCAGACAGGAAAUGGGCACCCUAGAUAAACAUGUAGAACUAGAGAAACUUGUGGCCAAGUUCCUUGGUGUGGAAGAUGCUAUGGUGUUUGGCAUGGGCUUUGCAACUAACUCGAUGAAUAUUCCAGCCCUUGUUGGGAAGGACUGCCUCAUUCUAAGUGAUGAGUUGAACCACACUUCUCUCAUUCUUGGUGCGAGGCUUUCAGGUGCUACUGUUAGAAUCUUCAAGCAUAAUAAUAUGCAGAGCCUUGAAAAGUUGCUGAGGGAUGCAAUAAUAUAUGGGCAGCCUCGAAGCCGCAGAGCAUGGAGGAAAAUUAUCAUCCUAGUGGAGGGCAUUUACAGCAUGGAAGGGUCCAUCGUGCGCCUGCCAGAGAUAGUCUCCUUGAAGAAGAAAUACAAAGCCUACCUCUACUUGGACGAAGCUCACAGCAUUGGUGCGGUGGGUGCAACAGGCCGAGGAAUUGUGGAGUACUUCAGUAUGAGUCCUGAUGACGUUGACGUAUUAAUGGGAACGUUCACAAAGAGCUUUGGCGCAGCUGGAGGAUACAUAGCUGGCAAAAAGGACCUUGUGGACUUCUUACGAACUCAUUCUCACAGUGCUGUGUAUGCCACAUCUAUGUGUCCACCUGUAGCAGAGCAAAUCAUCAGGGCAAUGAAAUGUCUUAUGGGACUAGACGGGACAGCACAAGGGCUCCAAAGAGUGCGCCAGCUGGGAAAAAACACAAGAUACUUCAGACGAAGACUGCAUGAAAUGGGCUUCAUCAUUUAUGGCAAUGAUGAUUCUCCUGUUGUCCCCUUACUUCUUUAUAUGCCUGGUAAGAUAGGGGCUUUUGCAAGACGCAUGUUAGAAAAAAAUAUCGGGGUGGUUGUGGUUGGAUUUCCAGCUACUCCUAUCACAGAAUCCAGGGCUCGUUUUUGUGUGUCAGCUGCACAUACACGGGAGAUGNNNNUGCAGGUUUUGAAUGCUCUGGAUGAAUUGGGUGAUUUGCUACAUCUGAAAUAUUCCCGGUAUUCCAAGUCAGCCCAUCCUGAACUGUAUGAAGAAACAAGGCUUGAACUUGAAGAUUAAGUUUUCCACCCAUGAAGAGAACAUUAUGAUGCUAUGAAAGGGGGAAAACCCAAAAACUAAAAAAUAUGAAUGCAUUUCUUCCCUUCUAAGGACAAUUUUUGUUUCUCAGUUAAUUGAAAGGAGGGAAAGCUCAAGUGUUGCAUAUUAUUGUAUCAAAUUUCUGUAUUCAAGAGACUGAAAUAUUGAUACAGAUUUGCCUCUCCAGGAGAUCUGUCCUUCUUACGGUGUUUUUGAUGCAGAAUGAAUGCAUCCAUUGAUCAAGUUGCUAACGUCCAGCUUUUGUAAUAGUGCCUUUUUAUGAAGAGGCUUCAGACUUAAUUGUGAGUGAAAUAAUAAAGUU